GCCCGCCCCGGCCCGGCCCGUGCUGCCCGCGGCCCAUGGUGCUGCCCAUCUGCCCCAUGGCGGAGUUCGCGCUGCCGCGGCAUAGCGCGGUCAUGGAGCGCCUCCGCAGGCGCAUUGAGCUGUGCCGGCGCCACCACAGCACCUGCGAGGCCCGCUACGAGGCCGUGUCGCCCGAGCGCCUGGAGCUCGAGCGCCAGCACACCUUCGCCUUGCACCAGCGCUGCAUCCAGGCCAAGGCCAAGCGCGCCGGCAAGCACCGGCAACCACCCGCCCCGGCCGCGGCCGCUGCCCCGGCCCCACCGCCCGCUCCGGCCCCGCGCCACGACUCCGCCGACGGCCCCGAGCACGGCCGCCCGGUUGCGCAUCUCCAUGACACGGUGAAGAGAAAUCUUGAUAGUGCCACCUCCCCUCAGAAUGGCGAUCAGCAGAAUGGCUAUGGGGACCUUUUUCCUGGGCACAAGAAGACCCGCCGGGAAGCUUCCCUGAUAGUAGCUGUGUCUUCCAACGGCUUGCCUCCAGCCUCCCCACUCAGUCAGCCUGAUAAGCCUGGUGCAGAGGCCCUGCAGGCCAGUGGGAAGCACUCGCUGGGGCUGGACUCCAUGAAUAAGAAGUGUCUGGCAGACUCAAGCCUCCAUCUGAACGGAGGCAGCAACCCCGGUGAGUCUUUUCCACUGAGCCUGAGUAAAGAACUGAAGCAGGAGCCUGUGGAUGACCUGCCUUGCAUGAUCGCGGGGGCCGGAGGCUCCAUAUCCCAAAGCAACCUCAUGCCUGACCUCAACCUUAACGAGCAAGAGUGGAAGGAGCUCAUUGAGGAGCUGAACAGGUCGGUGCCCGAUGAAGACAUGAAGGAUCUGUUUAAUGAGGACUUUGAGGAGAAGAAGGACCCCGAGCCUUCUGGUGCUGCCACACAGCCCCCCUUGACACAGGACAUUAAUAUUAAGACAGAAUUCUCUCCAGCAGCCUUUGAACAAGAACAGUUAGGCUCUCCACAAGUGAGGGCUGGGUCUGCAGGACAGACCUUUAUGGGGCCUUCAUCUGGCCCUGUGAGCAAAGAGUCAUCCAGCCUAGGGGGCUCUCAGCCUCUGUUCCACACCUCUGGUCAGCCCGGGGCAGACACUUCCAGUCCCAGCCUGAUGCCGGCAUCAGCCCAGGCCCAGAAUGCACAAAGAGCCAUGUCCAGUGUGGUGUUGCCCAGCCAGGGCCCGGGAGGGGCCUCCGAGCUGUCCUCUGCCCAUCAGCUCCAGCAGAUCGCUGCCAAGCAGAAGCGCGAGCAGAUGUUCCAGAAUUCACAGCAGGCCUCCCCCGCACCAGCUCCAGGCCAGAUGUCCACGUGGCAGCAAACAGGUCCCUCCCAUAGCCCCUUAAAUGUCCCUUAUCCCAUGGAGAAGUCUGCCAGCCCUCCCGGCUACAAGCAAGACUUCCCCAACUCCAAACUGCUCAUGAUGCCCAACGUGAGCAAGAGCUCCCCUCGUCCUGGAGGCCCCUACUUGCAGCCCAGCCACGUGAGCCUGCUGAGUCACCAGCCGCCAAGUAAUCUGAGCCAGAGCACCGGGACUAGCCAAGGGUCCGUGCUGGACUAUGGCAAUACCAAGCCCCUUUCUCAUUACAAAGCGGACUGCGGACCGGGUGGCCCUGGGGCUGGCCAGAGUAAGACGGCCCUCAUGGCUUACCUUCCCCAGCAGCUGCCGCAUCUGAGCAAUGAGCAGAACUCCUUGUUUCUGAUGAAACCAAAGCCUGGAAACAUGCCCUUCCGAUCACUGGUUCCACCCAGCCAGGAGCAGAAUCCUCCCAGCGUCCCUGUGCCAGCCCAGGCCGCUAGCGUGGGAACCCAGCCGCCUACUGCGUCCGCGGCCAGCACACACGGCAGUGCUCCCUAUCUCAGCAGCCCACAGCAGGCCGCUGUGAUUAAGCAGCAUCAGUUGCUUUUGGACCAACAGAAACAGAGGGAGCAGCAGCAAAAGCAUUUGCAGCAACAGCAGUUUUUGCAAAGGCAGCAGCACCUUCUGGCAGAGCAGGAGAAGCAGCAGUUUCAGCGCCAUCUGAGCCGCCCGCCACCCCAGUACCAAGACCCGUCACAGAGCGCCUUCCCACAGCAAGUCGGACAGUUCACAGGGUCCUCUGCUGCCGUGCCUGGCAUGAACAACUUGGGUCCAUCUAAUGCCAGCUGUCCUCGAGUAUUCCCUCAGGCCGGGAAUCUAAUGCCAGUGGGCCCUGGACAUACUUCAGUUUCCUCUCUCCCCUCAAACUCAGGCCAGCAGGACAGGAGUGGGGCUCAGUUCGCUGGCCCCCAGGGCAUGCCACAGGGCAGCCUCUAUGGCAUGGCCUCUGGCAUAACCCAGAUAGUUGCCCAGCCCCCGCCACAGGCCACCAACGGACAUGCCCACAUGCCACGGCAGACCAGCGUGGGCCAGAACACCUCGGUCUCGGCUGCCUAUGGACAGAACUCUCUGGGGAGCUCUGGCCUCUCCCAACAGCACAAUAAGGGGACCCUGAACUCUGGUUUAACUAAGCCACAGGUCCCAAGGGUGUCAGCGGCCAUGGGAGGCCAGAAUCCCUCCUGGCAGCAUCAGGGAAUGCCCAGCCUGGGUGGCCAGACCCCAGGGAGCAACACCGUAAGCCCCUUCACUGCAUCCUCCGGUUUCCACAUGCAGCAGGCCCAUCUGAAGAUGUCCAGCCCGCAAUUUUCCCAGGUGAUGCCUAGCCGGCCCAUGGCUCCCAUGAGCUCAGCAGCUGCCACAGGGCCCAUGCUGCCCCCCGUGAGUGUGCAGCAGAGGACCAGUGCCCCCGCCCCGGCACCUCCCCAGGGAGCCCCACAGCAGGGCUUGCCGGGCCUGAGCCCAGGGGGGCCUGAACUGGGGGCCUUCAGCCAGAGCCCUGCCCCACCGAUGGGUGGCCGGGCAGGGCUGCACUGCCCCCAGGCCUACCCCGUGCGGACCGCGACCCAGGAGCUGUCCUUUGCCUACGGCGGGCAGCCGGCUGGCAGCGGGCUAGCCAGCAUGGCUGGAGACGCUGACCUGAUGGACUCCCUGCUGAAGAACAGGACUUCGGAAGAGUGGAUGAACGAUUUGGAUGACCUUCUGGGGCCUCAGUAAUGGGAGCCUUUGUGGUGGUGUCAGUGUUCUGACGUCCUAUAUUUCUGUUCUCAUAUUCAACAGUGAGCAACUAUUUGGACCAAAAGCAUGGCCCAGGGUGCCGGUGGGCAGAGUAGAGCCUAGGGCCGAGACCUGGCCUGGCUGGGAUCUGCAGAGCCCACGGCUGUGAGCCGGCAGCUGUGAUCUGUCGGGCUGGCCCUGACCAUAUGCUGGUGUCAUUGCCUGGUGUUGCGACAGCAGGACAGCGUUCUAUAGGUGGUUUUCUAUACAAGUGACCAAAAAACCAACAGUUAUAACCAUGAGACCCUAUGGUGUCAGGCUUAUAAAAAUCUGUGCCCUUGUGUUGACUUCAUCCAAGAUUUCCCCUCUUGUCCCAGUGUUGGGGGCAAGUUUUUGUUGAAACUUUAUAUAGAACUAUUUGCAGUUGUAGCAUAGAAAAGAUUAAAUUUUUUAAAGGUUUGAAAACAGAUUAGGAUAGGUGGCGGUGUAAGUUGAUUAAGUGGCUUUGGAAACCUAGGGCUUCCUUUUGAUGAAGAGCCUCUUUUAUUCAUGCUCUUCAUCAGCUUGCAGGGGAUGGGGGGGUCUACUGGGGAAUCAUCCGUAAGUGAAGGCUGUGACUGCGUGUGCCAAAAAGGAGCGGGAUGCUGUGCAAUGGCAGAGCUAGUGACAGAUGCCAUCUUCUCAGCAGCUCUCUUCCCAGACACUGGUCUUACAGAUCGGCAUUGGGGAGGCCCCCAGGAAGCCCCCAGGCUAAAUGCUGACACAGAGUGUUACUGAUGCCUGUGUCCCCUCGUGUCGUAACUUCCACUCUGUGCAGUUUCCCUGACAGCUUGUAUUUACCAGUUUGGGAAGGUGGUCAUUGUCGAGUUGUGCACAGAUGUCUUUUCUUCACGCUGUCUUCAGUUCCCAUGGCCUUUCUUUCUGCCUCCCCUUUUUUUUCUCUCUUCAGCCCAAAUGGAAAAACCUCUUUGAGGCAACGAUUUACUAGAUUGGAGAGGAAAAUAGAGUCACUAAAAUUCCCUAGGGAGCCCUAGCAUGGUAGGGAGGAGGGUACCCCUCCCCAGGAAGAAAAGCAUUGUGGGAAAGAGGAUCAGAGAGGUACCCUGUUUGGCAGGGAGGCCCGCUGAGGGAGGAAUGCCACUUUGUUGUACUCCUUCUGCCACUCCCAUGUUAGAUGACUUGCACUUUUUAAAGAGAAUUGCUUUAUAACACUAAUGCAUCCUCUCUGAAGGCUCAAGUGGAUUUCUCUUUUAAGGUCUGUGAAUUAAUAGACUUGACUAAGCUAAGAGUCCACAAAGCAGAGUAUUAAGUGUGCCUAUUUGUGGAAAAAAAAAGAUGGAGAGAGCACUUUGGGAUCAGGAAAACAAAAUGAUGAGCGCAGGGUGAGAGCCCUUCACACGGAGUGUUGGAGAGAAAAGGGUGCCCUGAAGAGUGGCUUAUAUGCUGAGCGGUCUCUGGAGAAACCACAAGUCUGUUUUUAUUUCCCUGGAGUCUCAAAAUAGGUAAUUCAAGGAGCGUCAUGUAAAGAAUUGAGCCAAGGAAAAUACUCAUGUGACCAGCCUGAGUGGCUUUGAUGAGGAAUGGAGGGUUGUACACACAUUGGUAGUGAUUUUUGCACCAGCAGUGCCUUCAUGGGGGUACUUGGACCCUCAGAUCCUCUUCUCUAAUAGCCAUGUGCCACCACAAAUGGUGGUGUUGGGCCAUUUCCCCUGUAACUGCCGUCCCUGCCUUCCCCAGAUGCUGGAUUUAGCUCUCAAAGAAGAGAAUGAAUCAGCGAAGACUUCGCCCUCUGAGUGAGUUCCCCAAUCUGAAGGGGAAGAGGGUGACUUCCGCGGGUUUUCUACCAAAAAUAGCAGGCUGAAGGCUGGUGGCGAGCUCUGUUCCUCACUGGUGUUCCCUCUGGCUGCUGCUCACCUCUGUCCCCAGGGCGCCCCCACCUCCCUUCCCAGUGAGGGCUGCCCCCGCCUUAGUCCUGGGGCCACCAGACAGCAGCCUGCUCACUUGCUGCAGUGUCAGAGCAAUAAAAUGUGAUGCUGGGAUCCUCCCAGGGAGCUGCCCGUGGCUUUAUUUAUGAACCUGGUUUUUGGGGAGUCAGGAGCAGAGGACUCUGCUUCCAGACCCCCCAUCUUCCAGGAGCCAUGACUCAAAAGAAAAGGGUGCUCAGACUUUUGUUAUACACGUUUGCUUUGUGUAAAUAAAUGUUUACAAUUUUAUAUUAAAGAUGGAAUAAGCGUUAGAGCUCUGACUGUAUAUUUUUUACUUUUAUAGAUUUUAAAACUAUGAUCCUUUAUAUAUGUGUUUUGGGGAAGCUAUGAUAAGUUUUAUGGCAAACAGUUGGUAUUAACUUUUUAUUGUCAUCAAAGUACACAAAAACCCUAUUAAUCCCCUUAUUCUUCUACUUCCCUUAACUGGUAUACACCAAAAAGAAACCUUGACUUUCCUGUUUUAUCAUUAUAAAAUAAUAAAAGUAUUUUGCUAGUAUGGAAA